CUAGGCUCCAGAUUUCAAUUCAAUUAACCGACUAGUGCCAUUCGAGAUAAUAUUGUCGACAACUAUCGAAUCUUAAUGCACCAUAGAAGAAUCAAAAAUCCAUCAAGCACCUGCUAGUAGUAAUGUCUUUAAAUUCACUGUCAUCUCUAGAAAAUCUACUUCAGUUGCCCAUCAAAAAAAAUCAUAAAUCAAAUGAAGAUAGAUGCAAAUUCAAGCUUGAUUCAAGGAUUCCCACUUUUUUACGUCAUCUUAUUCGCUCGCUCUCAAAGUCUGUAAAUACAAACAAAUAUUUUUCUUAUCAUUCUAAUAAAACCUAAGCUAUAAACUGAUAAGGUAGAUCAAAAAAAAAGAGAAUUUCAGUUUUCAGUAUUGUUGUAAGUGCCGAAAUACGAUGAAGUGAAGCUCAUGAAGUCUAAAAUUAAUCGUAAAUUUAAAUUAUUCAGUUUAAUAGAAACAAUGCUAAACUAAACUCAGUCUGUGCCUUUAUCAUUCAAACCACAAUUUUUGAAGUGUUUACCAAAAUAAAUAAAAAAAAAUUCGAAACUUUGACUGAUAAAAAACAAAGAAACUUGUGGAAAAAUAAGAACGAAGUUAAGACAGUGCAUGUUAAAGUGUGAUGGAGAACGAUUCAGUGACUAUUGAUAAUGUGGAGUCAAAUGGCAAAAUCUCAACAAUACCAGCAGCUAUUCCAUAUUCAGUUAAUCGUAGUGUAAUUAAGCAGAAUGAGUUGGAGAAUAUUUCGGGAUAUUAUCGAGAGAAGGAUGGAAUUCUCACAAAAGUCAAAGCCGGCUUCAAAUCCCUCACAUUCUUCUCAGUAAUCUACAGCAUUAUUCCAGUCUUUGGAUGGCUUCCUAGAUAUCGACUAAAAGAAUACCUUCCAGGUGACUUAGUAUCUGGAUUUACAGUAGCUGUUCUUCACAUCCCACAAGGCAUGGCUUACGGCUUACUAGCUGGAUUGGAUCCAAUUGUCGGUCUCUACAUGGCUUUCUUCCCAACACUUGUGUACUUUGUAUUUGGAACAUCUCGACAUGUCAGCACUGGAACAUUCUCAAUUGCAUCUGUUAUGGUUGCAACAAUAGUGAUUAAAUAUUCAGAUCCAAAUUAUGGAGAUCCAACUCAUCCUGAUCGGCUUGAUCCGAGUUUUAGUAAUUAUCAAGUUGCUACAGCUGUGACACUGUCUUGUGCAUUUAUACAAUUAAUUAUGUUUGUAUUGAGGAUGGGAACUGCUGCAGCUUUAUUGUCGGAAGCGCUGAUUAGUGGAUUUACUACUGGCGCAGCUAUUCAAGUCAUUGUCAUUCAAAUGAGAGACUUGUUGGGAGUUAAAAUACCAAGAAGCACAGGAGUCAUCACUCCUUUAUGGCACACAAUCUGGCAGAUACCAAACACUCAUCUUCCAACUCUUUACGUCUCCAUUGGCUGCAUCAGCUUCAUGAUAUUAAUGAACGAAGUCGUCAAACCAAUUGUCUCAAAAAAGUGCAGAUUUCCAAUUCCAGCCGAGCUAAUGACAGUUGUUGGAUUCACAUUAAUAUCAUAUUUUAUGGAACUUGGACCAAGACAUGGAGUUGCUAUUGUUGGACAAAUUCCACGUGGCUUACCGCCAUUUGAGUUCCCAUCAAUGAAAAUUGUUCAACUAGUCGCAGUCGAUUCCUUAGCUACAGCUAUCGUCACUUACUCAAUUAUGAUCAGCAUGGCAUUGCUGUUUGCACAAAAGGAUAAAUAUGAAGUUCGAGCUAAUCAGGAACUGUUGGCAGUUGGAUUUAGUAACAUUGUUGGAAGCUGCUUCUCUUGUAUUCCAUUGAGUUGUGCCUUAUCUAGGUCCAUUAUACAGCAUCAAACUGGUGGAAAGACGCAGGUCGUGUCUGUGAUAUCGGCUACGUUAAUAUUAACAUUACUUCUAUGGCUAGGACCGCUCUUUGAGACACUCCCACGAGCAGUUCUAUCCGGUAUCAUCGUCGUUUCACUAAAAGGAAUGAUUUGGCAGUUUAAAGACGUCCGAAGAUAUUACACAGAAAGCAAUCUUGAUGCCCUUGUGUGGAUUGUAACAUUCUUAGCUGUUGUGCUGAUUGAAAUUGACAUGGGGCUGCUUAUCGGCUUCAUUGUCUCAGUUUUUGUGUUUUAUAUGAAAGGAUUUAAAAGCUACUCUUGUAAUUUAGGUCAAGUUCCAGGAACUGAUAUUUAUGUUGACACGAAAAUCCACAAAAAUGUCCUUCAAGACCAAAAGAUCAAAAUUUUCAGAUUUUUUGGUUCUAUUAACUUUGCGACCUGCUCAGGAUUUAAACAAGAUUUGUACAGCAAUCUCGGAAUUGACCUUCGAUGCAUUAGAAAUGCAGCAACAUGUACGCUAGAAAAGAUCAAGGAACAUAACAAUGGCAUGGAAUUUGUGGUUGUCGACCUUCAAGGUGUAUCCCAUGUUGACAUUAAAGGCUACAAAAAGCUUGCAGAAAUCAAAAAGGAAUUGAAGCUUAUGCAGCUGCAAGUAUUCUUAGCUGUCACGAGUGAUGUUGUCUAUGAUUCAAUUAAUAAAGCUGUUGGUUUAGGCGAGAUUGAGUUUGAAAUAUUUCCAACCGUUCAUGAUGCUGUGCUUUAUAUUAAAAAGCUAAUUUGAUAUUUUUUGUAGAUUUGUAAGUCUUAACUGAUCUAGAAUUAAUAA